ACCGAAACCAGAUUCAGAGGCUACCGACUGGUACUAUGGAGUUCGCGCUACAGCACGAGAAGGAAGUUGCCAAAGUGAUAGAAAACCUCAAGAAGGCCCAACACGGAAUGAUAGAGCAAGCUAACAAGCAUCGUCACCCGUCACAGUUCCAAGUAGGCGACUUUGUCUGGGUCAAGUCUAAAGAGUUUACUCAUGAGGAGAACAUCUCGCAGAAACUGUUGUCUGCGUAUAGAGGACCGUGGCCAGUUCUAGAAGUCAAAGGCGGAGACGACGGACUGUCCUACAAAAUAGACAUUCCAGCACACCUCCACACCUAUGCAGUUUUCCAUGCGUCAAAGUUGUUGCCUUGCAUUACGAGCCAGCAGUUCCCAUCGAGAAGAUCCAUGAUCCCUCCGGAUAUGGACGGAAGGUGCGACAUUGACGGCAUAGUAGAUGAGGAUGUAUUCAAGACAGGAGGUAGAGGUCGUCCACAAAAACAGUAUAAAGUCAGAUUUGCCUACCAAGAACCCGAGGACGAUCGCUGCUUUACGCGAACAACAGUUCCCAUCGAGAAGAUCCAUGAUCCCUCUGGAUAUGGACGGAAGUUGGUCAAUACAGGGAUGGUAGAAGGAGAUGGGGACCUGGAAGUGAGAGCAUACCCGAUGGACUGGGAGAGGUUUUACAGAAGUGACGGAUCGGAUGACGAUGCGCUAGAUUGGCAAUCGGACGAUGAGAAGGAAGAGGAGGACCAAGGGGAAGGAUUAGACAUUAGCAACAGUGACGGCGAUGAUCUGCACAAGAUCGCCAAAACGGAUAGGGACAUAACGAUAAGGUGGGUGCAAGUCUUCUCCAAGAUCGAUCUCAAGUCUGGCUACCACCAGAUUGAAGUCGAUCCUGCGGACCAGCACAAAACUGCGUUCAAAACACGCGAUGGGCUUUACGAGUUUACCGUAAUGCCCUUCGGUCUCACGAACGCACCGGCCACCUUCCAAAGCCUCAUGGACAAAGUCCUCCGCGAACAGAUUGGCCGGUUCGUGGUGGUCUACCUCGAUGACAUUCUGGUCUUCAACAAGUCAAUGGAGGAACACCUCAAGCACCUUGAGGAGGUGCUGACCAUCCUCAAGAAGACGCAACUCCAUCUCAAAUUAGAGAAAUCCGAGUUUGGGAAGGAUAGUGUCAUAUAUCUUGGGCACCGGUUGUCUGCUGCAGGCCUAGAGCUUGAAGCAACCAAGGUGGAGGUCAUACGCAACUGGCCUCAGCCCGCAAACAUUCGCGAACUGCGUUCUUUUCUUGGUCUCGCGUCAUACUAUCGGAAGUUUGUGCCCCGCUUCUCCAUUGUUGCGUGUCCGUUGUCUCGACUAACAAGUAAGAAUGUUCCCUACUCUUGGGACACCGCGUGCACGACCGCCUUUCAAGCCUUGAAGGACGCCUUGGUAAGUUACCCGGUACUCCGCAUUGCAGAUCCCAAACUGACAUUCAUAGUUACUACGGAUGCAAGUCAGUAUGGAAUCGGUGCAGUGCUGCAACAAGAUGACGACGAUGGCUUGCGGCUACUCGAGUACUAUAGCAAACACAUGCCCAGCGUAAAGGUAGCCACUUCCACCUAUAUGCACGAGCUCUAUGCUUUGCAUAUGGCGUUGGAUCACUGGAAACACUAUCUUAUGGGACGCCACUUCAAAGUCUUCUCAGAUCAUGAGACCUUGAAGUGGAUCAAACAACAAACUACCCUGUCCCCUACCUUGCUUCGCUGGUUCCAUGAGAUUGACAUCUUCGAUUUUGAAUUAAGACACAAAAAGGGUUGUUAUAAUCGAGUCGCUGACGCAUUGUCUCGCCACCCUGAGUACAUGACUUGCCUUGUGAAAUCCUACGACCUCCGGAAAAAACUGAAGGAGGAGCUCGUAGAGCAGACAACCAAGGAUCUGAAACUUAGUUUUAUCCUUGAGCGGCUGCGGGCUGAUCCUAGUAGUCAGCCUGAUUUUCACGGGGCCAAGUAUGAUCGCUUGCUCAAAGUGGCCAUUGCAGCUAUGACCAAGCGACAGCACGCCAUGAUCCAUCAUGCGAACAAGAAGCGCCGACCGUCGGAUAUUGAGGUUGCUUUCUCCAAGUCUUGUCUGGGAGGAGUGGGCAAAGAAUGGGUGUUGGCAGAGGUCAAUGCUGUUGGCUUCAAAGAUAUUGGUGAGUGGGCCAAGACCCUUACUCUCAGGCAAUUUCUUCAGAAGAUUAAGGAGAGGUUCCUGGAUAAGACAACGGCCGAUAAGGCCUUCGACGAGCUCACCACGAUAGGCCAGAAACGUUGGACUUUUGUCGAUGCCUUGUCUCGUGAAGUGGAUCAUCUCUUGCAGGUACCUGGACUGAACCUUCAGGACAACCAGGUUCUUUACAUCUACUCACGUGCAUUGCCCGAGCCCAUUCAUGGACAGCUCGUGGCCGAAGCAAAGUCUAGUAAGUAUAAUAAUCGGCAGUUUCGUAACCUUGCUCUUAAGAGAGAGCAAAUGACCAUACAGGUCAAAGGUACGAACGCUUCAGUAGUCAAGACGAGACCAGUUGGUGGGUACGGCGAGCGGGUCCUCUGGCGGCAAAAGCGCCAGGACCAUAUGCUUGUGUUAUUUGACGAUGAAACAGUAGAGAAGUUACCUCUUUGUGAGACUGAGGGAGGAAGAGGUAACAACGGCAGUGAAUCUGAGAAGGGUGAUGUCACUGCCGUAUUGGCCAACAGGGGAGGCCAAAACCAAUGGACGAAGAAGAAGAGGCUACACUCGUUUCCCGAGCAUCCCGACAUCGCAUUCGGGAGACUUUGGGAAAAGAUGAACAUGACUCGGGAGGAAUGGCAGUCCAAGAUGGAAAACCGCCAAUGCCUCAAGUUGGACUUCAUGCAGAAGACUUUGGACCAGAUCCUGGACGUUCUGACCAGGCCAGGAUUUAGGCCACCAGCACAGUCGCCGUUGCCGUUAACGGCAAUGUCAGGCCCCUUUCCAGUACAAGCUGGCACACAGCCAAGUGGCACGUCCGCAGCAACCGCACAGACUGUUGCAUCUUCUUCUUCGGGUAUAGCGGUGGUUGCUACACCACAGCAACAAUCUGUUCCGCAACAGGGACAGCCGCAGGGUCAAUGGUUUCCUAAGACACCAAUGAAACCGCCUCUUGCCUUCUCAGGCGAGAGAAAGGACGAAGAACUCAACACUUGGUUGAGAACAGUCCCGGUUUGGGUGAAGGCAAAGUUGCUGGAGGACGAAGUGGUUACUGUUGCAUCUUACCUUGAGGGUAAGGCAGCCAAAUGGCUAGAUGGUGUAGUUGUGAAGGCCGGCGCCUUUGUAGACAUUGGCUCCACGAGAAACUUCAUAUGUCGUGAUUGCGUUGACAGAUUGCGCCUAGAGGACCGGGUGCAGCGCCUUAGUAGACCGGUAGCAUCUACUUUGGCCAACAAAGAGUGCAUGAUGGUAGAGGACUACGUUAAAGACGUGGUUUGCAGGUUUUCCUACCCAGGAGGAGAGAUCAACCAUAAGAUAUCAUUCCUGGUGAGCGAUGAUUUCCACUUUGACAUGUUAUUGGGCAUGUACUACCUCGAGGUUGCCAAGCCCCAGUUUGACUGGGACAAGAAGGUGUCGAAGCACGAGUUGCCUAAUGGGAGGACCGUUAGACUGGCCAAGUAUAAAGUCGGUAGGUUAAUAGACUCCUAUGGGUGCUUAUGCAAAUCUGCCUUCUAUUAUAAACAGAACCAAGAGGAAGGAAUGUACUUAGUCUAUGUCUUUGCAAAAGGGGAGGCCGUUAAAACACCCCCAGAGAUAGAGACCAUCGACGCUAAGUACCCUGAUCUGUCCGAGGAGCCCUCUGGAGUCGUAGAAAGGGAGGUUGUCCAUGCCAUUGAGAUCAUCCCAGGUAGCAAGACACCUAAGGGAAGAAUCUAUAGGAUGGCUCCGACCGAGUUGGCCGAGCUUCGUCGGCAACUGAAAGAGCUCAUAGAAAAGGGAAGGGAAGAAGUUGAGACCGGUAGAGUACAUGAGCUAAAAGAUGCCAUCAAAGAAGUUGGCAAUGUCCACCUACAAAAGGGAACUAUAUGCUCUCUACAAGGCACUUGUCCACUGGAGGCAUUAUCUGUUAGGGAGGUUUUCUAUUUGAGAACUGACCAUCAGACCCUCAAGUGGAUCAAAACCCAAUCAGUUCUCUCCGAUGCACUCAAAUGCUGGAUUGAAGUCAUAGAUCAGUAUGACUUUAAACUAGACUAUGUGAAGGGAGAGUACAACAAGGUUGCGGACGCGUUGUCUAGAAGGGCAAACUACCAAGCUGCGCUGAUUUAUGAGUUUGACUUAUCUGACGACGUGACUCGAUCUUUGGGGGAAGCCUACAAGGAAGAUCCCAUCACGAUGGACAUCAUCAACAAACUGCAGGCCAAAGACAAGAUCACCACUGAUGAGUUUGUGAUGAUGGAUGGGAUCACUGGGAUGCUCUUUCUUGAGAAGGCAAGGUUUAAAAGAUUAGUUGUUCCAUCUAGGGAAGUUUUGCGUAGUUUAUUUUUAGGAGAAUGCCACGACGCAAUGGGACAUUUCGGCUAUAAGAAGACUAGUGCUAACUUAGUACAGCGAUUUUGGUGGCCUAACAUGUUAGACGAUGCAAAGAAUCAUCUUAACCCCCAGAAUCCGGAUCGGGGAUUCCGGGGCAACCCAGGUGAUGUGAUGUCCCUCCGGAGGACGACUUCUGACUGUUGCCGAUACUUCCACAAGUCUUUAGAUGACUCCUGCCCAAAAAAACGUGAUAAUAUUAAGAAGGGGCAGGAGGAAGAAAAGGGCAAUGAGGGGAACGGGGAGAGAGACAAUGAGGAUAAGGAAGGGAAUGGGGACAAGGUUGGUGACAAGGGAGAAGAAACACAAGGAGGAGAGAAGCAAGCAGAAAAGGAGGUGGAUGGAGAUAAGCGGAAAGGGAAAGAGAAGGGGAAAGAGAAGGGUGCGAGGGUACGGCAGGAAGGUGUGCCAAGAAAAGAUUCUGGAAAUCAAGGUGGCAUAAGGAAGGAAAGGGAAAGAAGGGGAGAGAACGGGAGAGGGAAAUGCAAGGGAAAAGGGAAAUGGAAGAGCAAGGAGGUAAGUGACGAAAAAGGAGACGAAGAGUUGGUGGUAAGCGGAAAGACAGGUGGUGGUAAAGGGGAAGGGGCGAUAAGUAGCAAGAUUCCCUGGGAAGGGCAAUCUAAUUACGGACCGAGGGGGUGGGGGGGGAUCUUGGGGAAGAGGGGGCAUGAAGUGAUGAAUAUCCUGGGUUCCGAGGGCGGGGAGGGGAGUGUAGUGGAUGGAACGGUGGAUGCGAGGGAAGCGAGGGUACUUAUGUUGAUGGGGAAGCGAGGCAAGAUAGUCGGGAUAGAAGGUGGAGAUGGUACGGCGGAGGGCAGCGCAAAAAUUCUCGUAGUUUUCGCAGGCGGGGAUCGUACCAGAGACAACACAAUAAACUUUUAUGUUAUUGUAUUCCCGCCAGUUCGCACUAAAGAGAAGGACGUGGAGAAAGAAGGAAUCGACGAGGGAGCGAGUGGUAGAGUGCGGGACGAUGGUGAUCAGGAGACGCGUGGCGUAGAGUUGAUGGAAGAGGGUGGGCGGGAAAGGACACCAUCCAGCGGGGAAAGGGGGUCAACCCGGGAGUUGACGGGUCAUCAUAUGRAAKUGYUGCYGAACAAGRUAAGGCGAYAUCCRGACAUAAGAGGACUGCAGCUGCAUAACGGGGAGGACUGCAGAGUGAAGGCGUUGGCGGACGACCUCUUCGCAGUAAGCGAAAACACAGCAGGAUCUCUGACCGCCUUGAAAACGUUAGCAGCGGGCAUCGUUAAGUUCAUCAAGAGGUUAGUAGCCAAAUUCCUAUGGAAGCCGCACUCUCAGAACAGCGAAGGUUUCAUAUCUAAAGUUGCGAUGGAGUUGCUGACAUACCCCAGGGAAAAGGGGGGUCUGGGACUCAUUGACCCCGCGCGAAAGAACCAGGCUCAGCUGAGAGGCUGGGUAGCAAAGGUUGCCACAAGAUCUGAGUUGGAGCACUGGGUACUGCUUGCUGAACGCAUCCUGAUGUCUGAUUGGGGACUGAAGAAGGCAAAGGAUGUCUGGGCAUGUUUUUUCAUUCCGUCAUUCAGAAAGAAGAGACUCAAGUCUGCAUUUUGGGAGGCAAUCCGCAAAGCAUGGCAGCAGGCCCCGCCUGAUAUGCAGAGCACUCCGACUACCAAGGAGGAGGUCCUGAACCAGAUUUUGUUUGAGAACCCAUAUAUCACCAAACAAAACUCUGGUCCAUUCCCUGUGGAUGGAUCGACAGGCAGCUUUGGGCAGGCUUGGGUCAAGCGGGGUAUAGUCCGGAUCAAGGAUCUGUGGUCCCUUGCCCUAGGGGGAUGGAGACCGCUGUCGGAACUGAAGGAAUCGUUAAGAGGGAUGCAACUAGUAGAGCGACACUGGCGAGAAAUCAUUAACUCUAUUCCUCAUACUUGGUUGGAGUUGCUAGGUCCAGAGGGUCUAGACCCGCUCGGGGUCUGGUACGUUUCAGAUCAGGAGCUGGAGGGCAACGCGCUGUGGAAAGUGAAAGAGAUACUUCCAAGUGGUUUCCGCAGAGUAGACCGCUGGCGCUGUUCCGGUCCAUUCAAUGUCCUAGAUUGGAUAGAGGAAGAGACCGUCAUGCAGUGGGACAACCCUGCCCAGGUCCGGGUAGUGGAGUGGAAGGGUAAAGGAUCGUUGUCGAACAGGCUCACCUGGGUGGGAAAGACCCCUCUGCGACAGCUCAGCAUUGAUCCGCUGGCUUGGGGCUGGGUCAGCGGAGGGUCAGAGAAGCCCCCCCUCAGAUUGCUAGAGUACACGGUGGCGGAAGGAUACCAGCAGUCCGCAAGACAGAUCAAAGAACCAGUGCAGGUGGYCACCUCACGUUGGCAGGCGGUCUGGGGCGAAKAGCUGACGAACGMGAAACAAGACUUCGAGAGAUUGUGGAAGGCACURACCCUACUCCCYAAUGGGAAGCAGAGGAGAGGGGCGGGGGAGGAAGAGGCAGUGGGCGGGGCGAAGAGGGAGGAGGGGACCCAUGUGCACGUGCCUAUAAGAAGGGUGUUGUGCUGCAAAGAGGACAGCAAACGCCUCUUGGAGCCACAAAGAGGAGACAAAUGUAAGGUUGCUGCGCACGUGCGACGGGACCGUGUGCAGCAGGAAGAGCACGUGGGGUGGCCGUUGUGCAUGUGCGAAGUGCCAGACACCGGAGGCGAGUGACGAAGUGUUGCCAAUCAGUGCUGCGGGAAGAGGACGUGGGGUGGCCGUUGUGCACAUGCGAAGUGCCAGACACC